AGGACCGAGCGCAUGCAAUUGGAACUCCCGCUAACUAACUUCCCUGCGUCCAUAUAAAUACCAUAGAUCCUUCGCGCCUUAUCCAUUUUCGAAUUUCUCUCAGUAAAUACUCGGAUUUUCAGAGGGAGAGCUGGUGAGAGCGAUUGAAGCGAAAUUUCCUGAGUUUCGUUGGCAUAUUUGAUCUUCGAUCUUUGAAGAUGCAGAAACUCGGGGUUCCAAGCAUAAAAAAUUUGGAUCAUUUCAAAUCCUUAUCACGAUCCGGCUCUGGAGCCGCGAAAACCUUCUCAUUCUCUUCUCGCCCAUCUUCCGAUUCAGUUUCUCUGGGAAGUUUCGCCAGUUUGAAACUAACUGCAGAGAAACUUGUUAAAGAGCAAGCUUCUGUGAAGACCGAUCUCGAACUGGCGAAUUGUAAGCUGAAGAAAUCGAUGGAGCAUAUCCGUGUAUUAGAGGAAAAGUUGCAAAAUGCUUUCAACGAGAAUGCUAAACUCAAAGUAAAGCAAAAAGAAGAUGAGAAGCUCUGGAAAGGUCUGGAGUCCAAAUUCUCUUCAACCAAGACUCUUUGUGAUCAACUCACCGAAACCUUACAUCAUUUAGCCAGUCAGGUUCAGAAUGCUGAGAAAGAUACAGAGUUUUUUGAAGUCAAAGUGUCUGAAAGUUCAAAAGCGAUAGAUUCACUAAAUGAGUAUAUGGAGGGCCUUUCAUUGAAGCUAAGUUCUGCUGAGGAAACUAUCAGGAACCGUGGAAAGGAAAUAGAAGAACUCAAAUUUGAGAAAGAGGAAAAUGAUAGGCUUUACAAGGAUGAACAGUGCAAAAUAGCGAACCUCAUUGAGGAAAAAGAUGCUCUUAUAAAGAAAUUUGAAGCAACCAUAGCAGCAAAUAAGCUGGCUGCAGAGAGUUUGAACUCUAAAAUGGGAGAAGUUCAGCUUGAGUUACGAUCAAAAGACGACGAGAUAAAAUGUUUGCUAACCACUCAGGAGAAUUUGGAGAAAGAGAACAGUAAUCUUCUGCUGGGCAAUAAUGAAUAUGCUAAAAAGCUAUCAAUAUCGCUCCAGGAGAUAAAACAUCUUGAAGGUUUUGUCUCUGUGUUGGCUGCACAAUUGGUCGAGCUGGAUAAACAAAAUCUGACUUUUACAGACAAGUUUGAUGAACUAAAUUCUCUCUACGACACUUGCUUUAAGUUAGUUCAACAGGAGAAAGACCUUGCUGCUGAGCAUGCUCAAAAGAAGUAUGAGCAACUCCAUGAUAAAUUCUUGUGCAUAACAUCAGAAAGGGAUGCACUAGAAUUGGUUAACCAGAAGUUAAACAGUAAGAUCAUUGAACUUCAGAAAGCCCAAGAGUCUGUUAUGGCACAGCUUUCGGAAGAAUUCCAUUUAGCUGAGAGGAGAAUCCAGAAGUUGGAGUCCGAAGCAGAAAAUCUGGUCUCAAAGAAGAUUGAAACAGAAAAUUUGGUUUCAAAACUGGAGGAGAAGAUUGAUACACUGUCUGAAAGUUCAAGAUCAUCUGAGAAUAAAAUGCAAGAUCUACUGCUGAAAAUUUCAGCUCUGGAAAUGGAGAAUAAAGAUAAUACAGAGAAAAUGCAAGCAGAGAUACGGGGUAAAAAAGAAGAAAUUGAUAUUUUGGAAAAGGAGAGGGAGAAACAUGAGGCACAGGUAAAUUCUUUGGAGAAACAUGUUGGUCAACUGCAGGUCAUGGUGGAGGAAAAACAACAGCUUAUCCUGCAAUAUAAAGAAAGAGAAAAAAAGCUGGAAGUUCAAAUUUCAGAGAAUCAGGCAAUUCUGGCAACUGCUGAAAGUAAACUCGUGGAAGCCAGGAAGCAAUAUGAUGUGAUGCUAGAGAGUAAGCAGAUAGAGUUAUCUAGACAUUUGAAAGAGAUAUCUCAGAGAAAUGAUCAGGCUAUUAAUGACAUACGGAGGAAGUACGACAUGGAGAAACAGGAGAUUGUUAAACUGGAAAAAGAGAAGGUUGAUAAAGUUGUUGGAGAAAUGGAACAGAAAUGUGACCAGAAGGUUGCAGAGUGCAGAGAAGAAUUAAGGCAGCAGCUGUUGUGCAUUCAAGAGGAAAAUGCUACUUUAGUCACUUGUCUUCAGCAGGAGAAUGAUAGAAAGGAACAAAUUCUCAAAGCUGACCAUCAUGAGGAGCUAAAACGUGCCCAACUUCAGGCAGAAGAUGAACUGAGAAAGAAAACAACAUCUCUUAGGAAUGAACAUGAAGUUCAGAUGAAAGCAUUGAGGUGUCAAUUUGAAGAUGAGUGCAAAAAGCUUCAGGAGGAGUUAAAUCUCCAGAAGUCCAAAGAAGACAGGCAGAGAGCUCUAUUACAACUGCAGUGGAAAGUGAUGAGUGACAAACCAAAAGAAGAACAAGAAGUGAACUCGAGAAGGGAUUAUUCCAUUUCUUCAGUCAAGAAGAAGGAUUCUGGUUUUGAGAAAAGAACUCAACAUGCUCUGGUAAGGCCAGAGGAAGAAGAGAAGGAAUCACCAUUCCCAGGUGUAACACAAACACCAGUGUCAAAAUUGUUGAAGAAAGUAGAAAAUACCAACACAGGAAGUGUAAGAAGCAUUCCUAAGCAUCAUAAGAAGGUAACUCACCAUGAAUAUGAAGUUGAAACUUCCAAUGGAAGAACAAUUACAAAACGAAGAAAAACAAGAAGUACAGUCUUGUUUGAGGAUCCAAGGAAACAUAAGAAGGUCCGGACACCAAAAGCUAAUACCCCAGCAAGUUUUGUCAAGGGAACCAAGGGAUGUCAACCAAAUGUUUCAAAUAUCGGUGAUUUGUUUUCAGAAGGUUCUCUAAAUCCUUACGCAGAUGACCCGUAUGCAUUUGAUUAAAGGAUAGAUGUAUCUGAUGUUGAUACCUAAAACCAGCGUUGUCUUUUUCCCAUUUCAAAAGAGCUUUUUCACUUGGUUCACUGGGUGGGCAGUGGAGAUGAAUUGAACCAUUCUUUUCUGCUUGCAAAAGGCAUGUGAUGUGGUCUGAUUUUGUAAAUUCCCAUUGAGACAGUUUAUCUGCUUCAAUCCCGCAUGUAAACAACAUUAGAUAAAGGACUUAUUAGGCUGUUUGGAAAAGGAACAUACUUGGAACUUUUGUCCAGUGUGAUCGAAGUCGUGAUCAAAUCAGGUGAUGGGCUGAUAGCUACAUGGUUUUUAGCAUAUAUGGAGCUUGCCCACUCUGAAGGAACGAUUAAAUUCUCCCUUUUUGUUGUUUCUGCCUGGAAAUACAAAUUUGUGAUGUCCUGAUUCAUUUGAUUGGGAGUACGGAUUUAAAAAGUUAAGCAGGGACAAGAUUGAAAAGCCUAAGGCUAGGAGUAUCAAACUGGUGGGUAUAGGUGGCUCAUGGUUACUUGUCAUUUAAGAUCCCUUUGAGGUACCUAUUGCUAAAAUUUACUCUAAUUAAAAGAAAAAAGUCAAGAAAUGGAAGUUUUUCAAAAUCGUCUUCAACAACCCCCUCUCAUUUUUAUAUUUCGACUCAUUCUGUAUGGAUAUGAAGUCUUAAC